UUUCUCAAAGCGAGCGCCGCCGUUGCCGCUGGCUUUCUGCACGGGUUCCGUACGCAUGUGAGUCUGCGAUUGAUGCCCCAACUGCGAAGCCUGCAAAAGCGAAAGGCCCUGUCCAGUAACGACACGCUGUUCUGGCGGAUCGUAUGAAAUGCCCAUUUUCUUUGUGCUUUUGUUGACUGAUCAAGUUUACGUUGCUUGUCGACAGGCGUGCCACUCAAUCUGCGUUGCCGAUCCGAAUCGGCUUCCUUCGCAGUUUCACAAAAGUUCAGCGAAACAGAAGUAUUUGGUCUUUACGACCAGGGUUAAGUGGCUUUCGUGGGACCGCAUAUCCUAGCUGACUCGCAGCUAUAAUCUAAUCGGUCGAAAGUUUGCGCACAGCCGUGCGCCUAUCUGCUGACAACGGCUAAGCUUUCGGACCAAGCAAUAUACAGUCUUGAACAGCCGCUACGGACAUUCUUAGAAACGGCUGGUGGCCUGACCCUGCCUCCCUCUCAGGGUCGGUAGCAGUGGUGGAAGAUGGCUGACAACAUGGAUGACAAACCACCGGCACCCCCUGUUCGGCUUACCAGUGCCAGCACGGUGCGAGGCGCUAGCGUGACACCCGUUCGGGACUCCUCCUCGGUGCCAGUAGACAUGAGGCCGCUACCCAAGGAGCCUGAACUUGAGAAGAAGGGCAAGCUGAAGCCUUCCAAGGGCACCAAGAAAGAGCGCAAGGAACUGGAGAAGCCGAUCAUCUCUCCACCAACCAACUUUGAGCACACAGUGCACGUGGGGUUUGACGCCGUGACAGGCGAGUUCACAGGCAUGCCGGACUCGUGGGCGCGGCUGCUGCAGAACUCCAACAUCACCAAACUGGAGCAGAAGAAGAACCCACAGGCCGUGCUGGACGUGCUCAACUGGUAUGAUGCCUCCACCAAGGACAAGGGGGCCUCCAAGUACAUGACCAUGAACCGGACACUCGCCGAGCUUGUAGAGCUGUGGCAGAUCUCACAUCCCUCUCCCCGGCCGAGCUACUUGGGAGACAAGUAUGCUGUCGCGACGACGGUGAUCGGUUCAUCCACCUCGGAGGACAGCAUAUCUGAGCCAGAGAAUGCGCCCAAGUUUCUGUCACCCCAUGAGCCCAGGAGAAAUGUCUCUGAGAAAAUCGUCUACAAGUCCCAGCAGGAACCCUCAUCUCCCGAGGAAGAAGAUGACGAGCCAGGCCCGCCGCCUCCAAUCGCCACACGGCCAGACAAGACCAAAUCCAUCUACACAAAGCCCAUUGAGGAGGAGAACAAGAACGGGGCGGCAUUUGGCUACGACGUACGCGACAUUGCCAACAACAACAGCACGGCUGCUGCGCCAGGUGCGGUGACCCGACCGCGCAAGAAGAAGAUGACCGACGAAGAGAUCAUGGAGAAGCUGCGCAGCAUCGUGUCCGUCGGCGACCCCAACCGCAAAUACACCAAGAUGGAGAAAAUCGGGCAGGGCGCCUCGGGCACGGUGUUCACGGCAAUCGAGACGUCGACCGGUGCGGAAGUGGCCAUCAAGCAGAUGAACCUUUCGCAGCAGCCAAAGAAGGAGCUCAUCAUCAACGAGAUCCUGGUGAUGCGCGAGAACAAGCACCCCAACGUUGUAAACUACCUGGACAGCUACCUAGUGGGCGACGGUGAACUCUGGGUCGUCAUGGAGUACCUGGCGGGGGGAUCGCUGACGGAUGUCGUCACCGAGACGUGCAUGGACGAGGGCCAGAUUGCGGCCGUCUGCCGCGAGGUGCUGCAAGCGCUCGACUUUCUGCACCGAAACCACGUCAUCCACCGCGACAUCAAGAGCGACAACAUCCUGCUCGGCAUGGACGGCAGCGUGAAACUGACGGACUUUGGGUUCUGCGCACAGAUCUCGCCAGAGCAGAGUAAACGCACGACGAUGGUGGGCACGCCGUACUGGAUGGCUCCCGAAGUGGUAACGCGCAAACAGUAUGGCCCCAAGGUGGACGUCUGGUCACUGGGCGUCAUGGCCAUCGAGAUGGUUGAAGGGGAGCCUCCCUAUCUCAACGAAAACCCCCUGCGUGCCCUGUACCUCAUCGCCACCAAUGGCAAGCCCGAGAUCAAGGAGCGCGAGAAGCUCAGCGCGGUCUUCCAGGACAUGCUUGAUCGCUGCCUCGAGGUUGAUGUCGAUCGACGAUACUCAGCUGCUGAGCUGCUCAAGCACCCAUUUCUGAAGCUAGCACGGCCACUCACCAGCCUGCAUCCGCUCAUUGUUGCCGCCAAGGAGGCAGCCAAGAGCCACUGAGGGCCAAGCACCGUAGACGCCACAAGGCAGGCUCACCCGCUGUUCCGAUUGUACCUUCGGCUGCACAGCUGAGCCAGUUCGAGACAGCAUUUUGGCCUUGCUUAAGAAGGCCACGCACCUCCUGCUUUGACCACAGUAGGCGGGCGCGGCAUUGGACCUGCUCUCGUCACAUGGAAUUUCGUGGUUCCGGCCGUGUGUUGGAUUGCUCUGAGAACAGUGAUCCGGCCAAUCAUUUCACCCCGGUGGAUGCAUCUGGUCGGUGCUUGAGUCGCUUUUUCAGUGAAGCUUCACCAACAGUGAUAAAACUGGUGUGUGUGCGUCGGGACCGAAAUGCAGCUGCCUGCAUGCAGCCUGAUGUGGUGAUGGUGAAUUUUUUUUCUGGUGUCGGGGGAAAAGUGUUCUACUGUGACCUGCCACCAUUGUGAGGAAGACUAGCACAAAAUGCCACUAUCAACGUACACCCUGCAGAUGCCUUCUUGAGGUUUCUUCUUUUUUUCUGUGUGGAGCUGCCUGUGUGUACUGAUAGAACUUAUGUCUGGCUUGGAAAUGCUCGUCGUUGUCAGGCUAAGCGUAGCCUCCCCCUUCAAUGUAUGCAACACAGCCUUGUGGACCGUGCUCUGCAACUGUGGGUGCCUUGGCAGCCACUCAGCAUGUUGCAAGCGAGAUCUCAGCAGAGGCAUUGGCUGAUUGGCCUGCGCAAAAGGCUGAUGCUAUUGUGCCCAGAGCACUUGCUGUGCUUGGGCUGCACAAGAAGCUUCAAAGCUGCUUCUUUUGGAAGGAAAGACACAGCUACAUUGCAUUUACAAACAAGCGGAAGUUGUCCAAACCAAGCGCCCUGGAAUCACAUGCAAACACGCAAUGCAUUUUUUAUCUUAAACUGUACACAUAGUAAAUUUUUAGCAAAAGAGCUUUUUAAGCAGAGUAUGCCUUUAUUGCACUUUUAUUAGAUGCUUUUAGUUAUUUUAAGUGAUCCUAGGCCAAGCAGAAGUAAUCAUUUGAAUUCUUUGAGAGACAAUUCCAUCCUCUGUGAUGCUGUGUGCCGAGGACUUUCUUCUUAUUUAUGUUGCACAACACUCUCACUGGUUAUGUCCUUGAGCGUUCUUGACAAAUAAGCAAUAGUACAUUAGCAUAAAAAGAUGGUGAGUGCCUGAAUUAUUUUAUAGCAGCUAUUCAUAAAGCUUCAUGAAUCCUUUGAAAGUAAACGACAAAACAAGGCCAAAUUUCACCGAAGUCUACAUGCUAAGACAAAACGAUGGCAAGGCGGAAUUCAGCUUCUUGUGGCCAGCAGUAUUUACCUUGUUCGCUAAACACCAAUGUUGUUUCAUCCUGGCAUACGAAACUGGGUCAUACAGGACACUCAUUCUCACUUUACCUCAGUCAUGGUUUAGUAAACCUUAGGAAAGUUGUAACACAGAAACUGGGUUUUACGUGUGCAGUUUCUUAGCACAGUGGUUCUCAGCCGUGGAUGUGUCAGGGACCUCUUGUGGACUGGUGGAAGUGAUGGGGGACCCCUUGCAGCUGACGAGAGGGGUGGUGGUACAUAAGUAAAUCAACACAACUGGAGCGUGAGACAGGUGCCUUUUAUUGCUACCAAAAAUAUUAAACAAACUUGCUACAUCACUUCAUUUUGAACAGUUCAUCAAUACAUGGCACAGUCACGCUUAAGAGAAAUGCGGGUGAGACUCUCGCGGAUCAUAGAAAUGGCUUCGCGGACCCCCUAGUGUCCACAGACCUCCAUUUGAGAACCACUGGCUUAGCCUAUAUUCGCGACCAAAGACGGGUUAGUUAAAAUGAAAGUGUGAAUAUAUAGCAGUGCAUUUGGUAAUACCCAAGAAUCCAGUCAUGAACAGGCUUCAGUGUCGCGUAUUUCUGCCUAGGCCGGUGCUGCAUGUCCAUGACAUGAAAAGGUGACAGUUUCGAUAUAAAAGUGGAAGAAGUUAACUUACGGUUACCACUGGUAAGGGCACUAUUUCGAUCUUGCAAGGAAUUAUCACAAAUCUAUUAGUCAGGGCAUCUUAAAAUUUCAGCAACUGUUUUUUGACAAUGGAGCAUUCUCUGCUUUGUUCUUUUUAUCUAGUUGCAUUCAUGCAAAAUGAGCCACUCACAUACUGCUUAAUUUCUUUUGGUUUUAGAAAAUAAGGCAGUGGUUGUGUGCUACUGUUGCAUUGAAAUCUGCGUUAUGGCGGCUCAAGUGCCAAUCAUUCAAAAUAUCUACGUGUUAAUGGUUAGCAAGAGAAUGAAAGCUCGACCAUACUCUGUUUUGUACCGCAGUGCCGGGGAAGUGACACAAGAAGCUCGGUGGGUAAAAUUCAUAACGUAGCACAUUUUGCAGUUGGCUUUCGGGCUGUCAAUCUGCUUGCGCGAGUGGAGUGCCAAGUGAGCCAUCACGUGAGGCAUAGAACUAUAAAGGGGAUGUAAAAAGUUGAAGAACAAUGCUCUAACAACUGCACAGCACACUUUGUACUUGGCUUUGCCAGUUCUCUUGGAGAUGCACGCCUUCUAAUAUUAAUGUAGUCUUCGAGUCUGGAAACUCGUCGGAGGAAAUGGCUUUGCGGGACUGAAGCGGUGGCAUUGCUAGGUUCUCAAUCGGAAGAUGCGUGUGUAUUGUAAACUGCGUGGUAGACUUCCUUUCAAUGCAAACAGUAGAGCGAUUGAGUUCUCCGCUGUGCUGUACCAAGGUUUUGGCGCUUCUGUAUAAGCCAACUUUCUGACAGUGAUGCAGGCAAAAGUUGGAGUGCUGUCUGGUCAGGUAUGAAAGGGGAGGGGAUCAUUGAUCACCUAAGUCAAAACAAAGAGAUGUGUUGGAAUUACUGCAAAUCCCGUGCUCACAAUGAACUCUGUCAUGUACAAAAAAUCUGUAGUGAUACCAUAAUGUGCUUUUAUUUUAGCUUUGGUUAGUGACCUGACAGUUUUCUCUUACAAAACUGAUAACCUUCAGGGAUGCCUUGCACAGAUGGGCUGAGCCAAUAGGAACGUAUGUUAUAAAGCGAAUAUCCUGCGGGUCCCUUGGAAUGGUUCUCUUAUCGCUUAUUUCUCAAACUGUUUCUUCAGCAAGGUGUGUUCUUGUGUGCUUCAUUGUGCAUACCUGAGAGUGCUUAGUUAAGAGGAUUUCCGAAGUGUCUUUAUGUUCGUAAUAACGGCAGUCUACCACAUGUCCGCCUUUGGUCAAGUCUGGUUGUCGAUGUUCCGUCACUAAAUGGUGGCACCAAGACUAUUUGCUGUUCUUCUAGACGCGUCGUUGUGCAAGUCAUUUUGCAUGCAAAAUGGGCAUUGAUGUGUUUCGUGAAUCAGCUGCAGUUGCUGUCGUGCGACUGUCAAGUCCUUUUUGAAAGGUUCUUUUCAGUGAGUGGCAGUAGAAGCUUGCUGGUAUGUGAGGUGAGGUGUCUAGGAUGCACCACAUUUUGCGAAUGCUGUCAUGGAACAAUAGGCUGACUGGAAUGACAUGAGGAUGCUUGCAGUUUGAACUAUGUCAUGUUCGACAUCAGAGUGCAGUACAGUAAUUCACUCAGGAACAUGCAUGGUAUCUUGUGAUCAAUGACAUUACGCUCAUCGCAAUAGGUUUUGGCAUCACUUGGAAAAGUAAUUUGCUGAGGACAUUAUCGGUGUGUUGAAAUCUAAUGCAUGGAAAGCCUAAAAAGGGGUGCAAAAAGCAUUCUCAAGUGGAUGUUGAAGUGGCAUUAGCCAGUUGUUCCAGUCAACCCUUGAAGAAAAGACUGAACGGUUCUUAAAACAUUGGGUCUCUUUGAGACCGUGGCUGGUGCCAGUUCAGCACCUGAAAUUCUCAACUGUGCAUAUCUUAAUCAAGAAUUAGUAACGCCCUUUUUCGGAAGGUUUCAUUUAGGCAAUUCUUAAAGUCCUCAAUUGUCGCAGCUUGUGUGAACCGUUUUGGUUGACGGCAUUGUUCUUACUGUCGCACCAGACACUUUUGACUAGACCUGGUUGAGAGCUGCUACUUGGUUGAUAUAGUGUAAAUGCAGAUGAAAGUGGCAUGUGCGUGCUAGUUUACUCUGCUGCCUCUGUCGAUAGACGAGUGUACACAGAGUCAGCACUAUUUGAAUUAUUAUGGUUGCAGCCUUACCACCAAUGUUAGUGUAAAUGUGAGGUAAAUGGCAUCACUUUUUUGCUAUCUUCAUUCAUUGUGCAAAAUUUAAUUAGUGUUUGUCCUCUCUUUAGAACUUUCUUGAUUAUUUUCCCCUCAUUGCUGCGUUAUUUCUGGAAGCGCACUCGUAGAAGUUCACAAUCGCACCUUUUUUUUUUUUGUCUCUGGUAUUGGAUCAGGUAAUGAUGCACGUGAGCGUAAGUUUGCAAGUCUCCUGAACAUCGAGACACCUCCACAUUGUGGACUUACGGUAGACAUGCUCUGGACAUCCGACGGAAUUUUGUUGGGGCUUCUGCUCUUGUUAGUGGCAGCUUUGAUCUUCCGUGCAGCUAGAAUCGCUCGGCUGUCGGUAGCCUCAGGCAUCUAUAUAAAGUUUCGCUGGCAACCUGAAACUUUCUCUUGCACACUUGUAGGUGCUUCAGGCUAGCAAUACGCUAGCUUUCACUUUCGAUCUUGGCACCUUUCUAUUUGACAGUGCAGGUUUUUUACACUUCAGGUAGCUUCGAAAGGAUUGAAGGUGUUUUGUAGACUGUGGUAUCUUUUAGCUAGCCACUGUGUGAGAGAGUUGUGGCACGUGAGUUGAUGUGUUUCCGGGGCAUGCGACUCUGGAAUUGGAAGGACUAGGGGGUGCCUGGUGGCGCGUUCCACUUCACUCAAAAGUGAGAAUGCGGCUGCCUUUUGUCGGUUUUGCGUGCAUUCAAUUAGGAAUACGCUUCGUAGAGUGUUUCCACCCUUCCAAAUGUGGGUUUUGUCUUCUUGAGCAACAAUUUUAUUUAGCUGUCUUGUGUUCAUGUGUCAAGCUGUGCCUUUUGCAGUUUGUUCAGUACUCUAUGCUUUUUUUUUUGCUCGUCUUACUGCUUGUCUGUCUAGUAUUUAUCUUACAGUUAAUUUAUAGUAUAUUAUUAUAUAACUACCCUUUCCUACUGACGCGACCUCUUAAGUAAACUGGCUGGGCGUGAAAAUAGGAUGGGACUCGUUGCAUGCAGGGGUACUUUUCAGAGUUCCGCCAGGCAGCGUGAUAGUCGAUUAUGCAAGUGGUACCAAAGAUCAAGAAGAGACGAAGAUAUCGGUGACAUAGCUCACAGUUCGCUUAUUUAUAUUUUUGCUGGGUUGCAGCAUUGUUUUUACCACUUUCUUAAUGAGUCUUAGGAUAAUUUAUACUACAUCUUGUAGACGAUUACCUGCCGUAGGCAAAAGUUACUGAAUAUGUUUGCGAUUGCUUACUGGGCCUCGAAAAAGGAGUUAUCAUAAAUGUAGGUGGAAGUACUUAUUCGGGCUUCAUUUGCAAAGUGCUCCAUCACGACUAUAGUCAUACUUUGUGUUGCAGUAUGAUACCAUAAAUGCGACACAUCUGCGUAGUCUUUUCUGCUUAAAUCUGCAUGUCAAGGUUGCCCGAAAGGUUUGAGCGAUUGGAGUUCAGCGGACCCAAAACUACUAGAUAAAAAUGAUUAUCACAUUAACAUCCUUGUGCAAUAUCAGCGAGCGAAUGCCAUGCUUACACCGAUUUGAGUUUUUCCUGCAUAAAUCUAUUUUUUUGUAUUUAUAAUGCCAUGUUGCGUACAAAAUGAACAAAAAAGAGGCAUGUAGUGGUAACGAGUGUGGCUGCGGCAUCUCUCGGCUGAUCUAGUUUUAGUAGUCUGCACUUGUGGACACUGCAAAAUAGUGGCUUCAUUAUUUUUAUGCGUUGAAUUGCACUUUGGUCCUCAUAGUAAGCAUGUUAUACCUAUUUUACUUUGUAUUGUGCUCCCACUGUCCUACUUUUAUUUUUUACUCUUUGUCAAUGGUUUCUAAUGAGACACAUAUAUGCCCUUUUUUAUCUUUUGCUUGAUAAUUUUAUUGUGUUUUUUGUAGGCUGGAACAACAUUGAGUUUUGUGAUUUAUAGUUCCGUGUUGCCACUGGCCUCUUUUGUCAAUUCAUGAAAAGUGUUAAAUUAUGCCUGUAAUAUUUUAGGUCUGAAUAUAAUUUGCACGUUUGUUGAAUCAGCAAUUAGUUUUGAGGUUAGGAUGUGUAUAAUUCUUUGUUAUAAGGGGACUCCAACACGAUGUCAGUUCUUUCAUACAAUCUUACUGUAAAUUUGCGAAGAUGUUUUUUGAAAGAUGAAUGAUAGUGUUUUAAAGAGUCUUGCUUCAUAUUGUACGAAACGUUAACCGUUUAGUCCCAAGCAAGUUAGCCCCCCCCCACCCCUCCUACACUGUAAGAUAAUCCCUCAGAUUUUCAAGGGGUGGCGGUCCUUACUCAGUCAUAAAUCAAAAUUCAAGAUGGCAGCAGAAAAUCCGCUAUGACAAAAGAGUGCACACCCGUGCGUUCAAGGAAAUCUUUUAUUGAAUGUGCAUAAGUUUGCUGUUUGUGUGCCCCUGCCGGGCAAAUGAAGCUGAAGUGGCAGGAGGGGAGGGGGGUGCUUGCUUGGCCAUUGCUGUAUAUUUUAAAUCUACCAAAAAAGGGAGGAUGUGCUUGCUCAGGAUUUUAUGGCAAUUGGGCAGCUGUGCCACUGACUGUACCUCUUCAAACUCUGCACUUUUUGUGUGUUUUUUAAUGCUGUUCUGUGGAAUAUCCAAAUCAAGUAAUUGUCACCCUCAGAAGUUAUACCGAAAUCCCUCUGAAUUUUCGCUCCAUGUGUUGCAUGUCUAAGGCAGCAAGAAAUAUGUUUACAAAAGAAAAGAAUCAAGGAAACAGAGUGCUUAUUCUGUAACUCUGCAUAUUGUAGAGCAGUACAGAACCUGGGUAAGCUUUAUUUUUAUUUCUCCUGUUGGAAGAAAUUGAGAAGUGUAAUUCAAGAAUACAACCUGCCAUGCAUGGCUUUCUUUGUAUUUCUUGAGCCUAUUUUGAUUAGCAGUGCAUAUAGUGCUUUACCCAAACUUGUGACAAAUUGUUAAUGAUAAAACAAGGCGUUGCCGUAGUCAUUGGCAGCUAGAAUAGGGAAGUCCUGGCUUUCAUUAAACGAAUUUUUCUACUCUCCAUUUAACAAAGCAAUGCGCAAAACUGCAGACUGUCUUUUUUUUUUACUUUGACUAUUGCUCUAGUGCUGUGUUCAGAAGGGCAGAUUUCAUAAUUUGAAUAUUCUUUAGCUAUCUAAACUAAUAUCUGCUCUUGUUGGUUUUACUAAAGGGUUUACAUAUACAUCAGUUGUUAUGUUGAGCUAGUAGCUGCUUUUGCUUCUGCUGAUUUGCUGUGGCUUCUGUAUGAACAAUCCUCUCAGUUUGAUGCACAACUACUGGAGGUCACUGAGAAACGUUAAUUGCGUGGUGGGGUUUUGCCAUAGUGUGUACCUCUUGCUGUUUCUUGCAUAUACAAACAUUGUGUUAACUGUGAGUCAAGAACGAGAUGUAAAUAUAUAAGGGUGCCUGUGAUGGUCCCCCUUUUUUCUCUAAAGUGGUUUGUGUUGGAAUCAUUUCCUCUCAGAAUUUUUUCGAGAGUCUUCUACUUUACUUCUUGAAGGUCUUGGACACCCGACUACCACUUCUUGAAUGGCUAGCCUGGUCAUUUGAUAGACACGUGCACGCAUAUUUAAAAAUGUGUUGCUACCUUUGAAUAGAGAUACCUAUGAGGGCUGCUUUAGCGUCACAUCACUCUCUUUUAGGAGCACGUCUGCACAAGUGUACCUUUCGAAAGCUACAAUACUGUGAUUGAAGACCAAAGUAUUUCUCUUUUUUUUCACGGAUAGAUUGGCUGUAUGGUUCCAGUAACGCCCGUGGCUGCUGGCUACUUGUAGUGAAGACACUCGCUAGCAUGAUCUAACCAGUGAAUUUUCGACCUUCCCGUAAAAAUUGUUGCAAGUAUAUUCGUUUCAUGAAAAGCAACAGAGGCCUUACUAUGAGGGAGAUAUGCCUUGUCUGCAUUUUUUACUUGGGAUGUGGGCACAUGACUGCAGCUUUUUGUUUUCAAAACAUAAUUAAAAGUCUGCCUGGUUUGGACAGCUAAGUAUGUAAAAGCUAAUUAAUUUGCAACUAGCAUUUGUUGAAGCUGGAUGUUUCAAGGCUCGUCUUGCUUCUUCUUCAGUGGAUCCCGAAGAGGGAACCGUAGUUGUGCCAAAGUGUCAGGUUUUCAUGGCUUUUUAUUGUAGACUUACCACCUUUAAUUCUGUUGCUGUACUGCACUCAAGUUGAUGGCUUAAAUCUAUUUGCCUGGUAUGAAUGAAGAAAUGACUAUGUUGCUGCAACAUUUUAGUCAUAUUGCUUUGCAUAGUUCUACGUAGCAUCUAAGUUGGCAGCACUGCGGGUAACUUUCAGUGGAUUACUGCCUGGUUAAAGUCUGCAAAAUGUAUCAGAACAGCAAAUUCUUUGAAGACUCCCUAAACAUACAUCUGUCUCCAUAGCCCGUGGCUAGUGGUACUGACAUGUACCUGCAGUACAUUACAAUAGCAGCACUAUGGCAGAACUGCACACCUAAUGCAAAAAUGAAUGCCCCUCAAUGCAGGUAACCCUGAAGUGGUUUUGAUGUCUGUUGAGCACAUCACAUCGAGGAUUUGUGCUACAGUUUAAACAGAUCAUGAAGAUAGGAAUAUUGAAACAGAGAACAUACAGUUUGUUAAGUUCUUUAUAACAAAGGUAACAUAUAUUUGAGUUCAGCUUGAACUAACAUUGAAGAAGUUCGCAAAGCUACCAAUGUCUGAUCAUUUGUCUGCUUUUUUUUUUUUCACAUUACUAUGCGACCUUUCAAGGCAAUUAGGCAGAAACGUUUUCUCUAUUGGUGCUACAGUAAUGUCAAAUAGUGCCAGUGAUUUGCCUGCUCUGGGAAAUGUUUACUGUUAAGACGCGGGUUGUUCAGUCCUGACAACUCUACCGUCUCAGCUGAGUCUUUCUAAAUGUUCUUCGACCAUUUAAGUUCGGUUAACGCCGCUCUUUCAGACAUCUGUAUUUGUCAGCACUGAUAUUUUACAGAACACUCUAGCAAUGUUGCCUCUACCUCUUUUGCUUCACGUAAGACCAUACUUGGUGUAAGCAGGCGUCGACUGGUGGUCUCAGAUCCACGUAGUGAGAUCAGUUUAGGUGUUGUCACCAGUUUCUGACUGGCGGUAGCUCCUUUUGUGAAACUUGAAACUUCUGAAUGGCUAACAGCGAUAGAACCCCGGCUUCCUGUGAAACUUGUUCAGUUCUGAAGCUUCAGAAUUGUUUUAUAAUGUAACAUUUUAGCCGGAAACAUUCUUUUGUGCCCAUAAAGGCAUAUCAAGAAUCAACACCCAACAGGCACUGAGAGCAGGGAGCACAUGCCAUCUGCUGUCACCUUUCUGAGAAUUUCUCGUGCAACUUGCCAUUUACCGUAUAUAAUAACUAAUAGCCGAGGGUAGAAUUACUGGUUUACACUUCUACAGAUUGCAUAACAUGCUAGUUGAUAGCAGUGUUGGUGCAAUAUACAUACUCGGUCACCUAAGUUAGCCCAUCAUGGUUUUUAUUGCUGGUGCCCAUUGUUUAUUAUGUCAUUUCUACUCUAUGGUGUUGCCUCAGUUUAGAAAGAACUGUCUAUAGUUCUGGUGUGAUACACUUUAUCCUACACGAGUGGCAGUUUUACCAUCUGUGUACUCGCACGGAACAUUUGGUCGUUCAUCGUGCGUGGCGCUUGUCCGAGGUCCUGGCACCAAGCAUGGUGUGAUUUCUGCUGUCUGGUAGCUGAUGCUUGCCUCGAUCAUGUACUGUGGCAAUUCAGUAAGGACCUACGGCUUUUAAAGUACACCGUGGCUUUGCAUCCACAAAUUUUCCUGUCUUAGCGAGCUUGAAGAUAGUCUUUGAAAACUUUAAAUGUACGUGUUUCUUGGAAUGAGCGUGUAAGAGCAGCUAAGUGUUGGCACUGGAAAUAUUGCCUAGUGUAUGUGCUGUCACCAGGUCAUACGACUGGUUACACUCUUCUAUCAUUAUGUGCCGUUGCUCUUCUGUUGUCAAGCGCCACUCCAGAGCACCAGUGGUGCACUGCAAAGGGUCACCGGCUGCUGUGCCGUCAUUGCCACUACCCUGUGAAUUGUGUCCUGUGCGGCGCUGGAACGAUUCAUUUGACCUAUAUACCAGCUGCAUCUGGGACUGACCUUCCCUGACAAGAGUGUGUGUGUGUUUGCCUAUGCGUAAGUGCUGAUUUACAUCUGACUUUUCACUUUUAAGGUAUUGAAGAACAAGGAUGCAAUAAUGCGGGGUGAAUAAAGACUUUUGCAGUAAGUG